GGCAUGCCUCGUCCUCCCAGCAAUCUCUCUGAGUUGUCUACUGAGGAUCUGAGGAAGAUGGAGGGACAAGAGAGGGAGAACGUGGAGGCCAGGAUUCAGUGGUUGAGGGAUAUCCAGGCAUUAAUGGAUGGAGCCAUGGUGAUGAUCAAUCAGUACAACACAGUAGCAGCUCAGUUAAGCACUCCAGUUAUAAAUACAAAUGUAUCCUCAACAAAUAAAAGUCAGGAGGAACAGUCAAAGAGUGACGUCAUAAAAACCAAAGAGGAAACAAAAACAGAACCCUCUGGGACAGACCUUAGUUAUGAGGACCUGGAGGGAGCUACAGGGUACACGCCCCCAAAGGAGGAAGAAAUGCCAGAAUGGGAGGAUCCAGCCAAAGAAGAGUUUACAGACGAGAUGCAUGAAAUCAGGCGGAGGAGAUUACAGAAGUUUGAACAGAAGGACACUCCAUCAUCAGACACGACCAGCUAGCAUCAUGCUAGUUAUGUGUGUUAAUUAUAAACAGUGCCUCCCUCAUCCAGAGAUUUUUAGUAAACGGAGUGGGUUGUUUGUCUUUAGUUUCCCUGUCUCUCUCUCUGCAUAGAAAAGUUGUUGCAGAGUUAUCUCCUCCAUUUGAUUUUACUGUAUUUUAUUAGAAGAAUUUUAAAUGCUAAAUUGUGUCCCAGGCACAGUUGAUGGGUUCUAUCUAUAACAAUUCAAAGUGAACCAUGCAUUCAAAUCACAGUAGAUAAUUAUGUCAAUGAUUGUUAAGUUUUUUUUUUUAAAUUACCAUAUUGAAAGGAAUGUGCCAUACCCCGACAUACAAACAAUGCAUGUAGUUUUGUAAUGGAUGUUAUCACUUAAAGUAUGGUUACAAGUAAAACAUUUAUCCUUGAAUCUAUUUUUUAAAAAUAAUAGUAGCAGUCUACUGAAAGACAAAAAAUGGGAAGAUUACAAAGUAAAAUUGCUGUGCAUUAUGCAAUACUUUUAUUUCUUGGAAUGGCACUUUAACUGAGGGUGAUUUAAUAACAGUCAGAUGUUUGGAAUUGUUUAAUUGUGUAUGAGUGUAGUGUAUGUGAUGAAAUGUGGUGGUGCUUGAUCUCGUGUAAUUAAAAAUUCAUUUUGUUAUGAUUGUAAAUAUAUGGUAUGUCGUGCAUAUAAUUUUUUAUGUUAAAUUUCAUUGCAUCAAUACUUUUCUCCCGUUUUCCUUGACUCAUAGCAAAUGUAGAAUUCAAAACAUUGAUACAGAAUUGAAAAUAAAAAUACAGCAAGAAUAAUAAAUUAAACUUAUAUUUUCUAAAAAAAAAAAAAUUGUAAAAAAACAAUUCUGGCUUGACAUUUAUUUAGUCUGGAUACCCUUUUCUAAUUGUUGGCACUGUAAUAGCUAAUAGAAAAUAUAGGUUUAUUUCAUGUUAAUAAAUUUGAGAAAAAAGAAACAAUUGUUUUAUCAAAUAUGGUAAGGGACUGGUUUAAAAUAAAAUCUGGUCUUUCAUAUA